AUGAGCUGCGUGGCGGAAGCGGCGGCGGCGGCGGCGGAGGCGCCGUGCGCGGGGCCGGCUCAGCAGCAGGAGGUGCCAGAGGCGGUGGCGCGGUACCACGCGCACGAGGUGGCGGAGAACCAGUGCUCGUCGGCGGUGGUGCAGACGAUCGCGGCGCCGGUGGCCGCCGUGUGGUCCAUGGUGCGGCGCUUCGACAACCCGCAGGCGUACAAGCACUUCGUCAAGAGCUGCCACGUUAUCGUCGGCGACGGUAACGUGGGCACGCUCCGGGAGGUGCGCGUGGUCUCCGGCCUGCCGGCGGCGACCAGCCGCGAGCGCCUGGAGAUCCUCGACGACGAGCGCCACGUUCUGAGCUUCCGCAUCGUCGGUGGCGAGCACCGCCUCUCCAACUACCGCUCCGUCACCACCCUCCACCCCUCCGCCGCCGGCGACGGCACGGUGGUCGUCGAGUCCUACGUCGUGGACGUGCCACCGGGGAACACCAGGGAGGACACCCGCGUCUUCGUGGACACCAUCGUCAAGUGCAACCUGCAAUCUCUCGCCCAGACCGCCGAGAACCUCUGCAAGCUCCCUGACCCAUCUUCUCCCUGA